GCGUGUUGGCGCAGGAGAAGCUCCCAGGAGACCAGUUCGCUCGAGGCUUUUCUUACAUCGCCGCCUCCUACGUCAAGUUCCUGGAGAGCGGAGGAGCUCGAGUUGUUCCCAUCAGAAUCAACCGGACAGAAGAAGAGUACACCAAAUUAUUCUACAAAAUAAACGGGUUGUUGCUGCCUGGAGGAGACGUGGACAUUAAGACGUCACAGUUCAGUCGAGCAGCCAGGAUCUUCUACAACCUGGCUCUGAGGGCCAACAAUGCUGGAGACUACUUCCCCGUGUGGGGGACCUGUCAGGGGUUCCAGCAGCUCUCUGUCCUCACAGCCAGGAAAAACCUGCUGACCCAGACCAGAACCAAGGCUGUGGCUCUGCCCCUGACGCUCACACCAGCGGCUCAGUCCAGUCGUCUGUUCCGGAGUUUCCCCAAAGACCUGCUGCGGUCUCUGGCUGAAGAAAACAUCACGUCUAACUUCCACAGAUGGAGUCUGUCAGUGCAGCCUUUCGUUACCCGUUUUACGCCGUGCAGUGGCAUCCAGAGAAAGGUCCGUUUGAGUGGAUCGACAAGCCGGGCAUGGUUCACUCUGUCUCUGCUGUCAGAACCAGCUUCUACACGGCCAGCUUCUUCGUCUCUGAAGCCAUGAAGAGCCAGCACCGCUUCUCCAGUCCUGCCGAAGAAGAAGAAGCUCUUAUUUACAACCACCAGCCCGUCUACAGAGGCACGACGGCUGUCUUUGUGCAGAACUAUUACUUUGACUGAUGAGCAGAGACCAGGAAGAAACAGACGAGGGCCGCUGUCGUCACAACGUCUUUCUGUUAAACAUUACAGUCCAAACUCAGUGUCAGCAGCCGGAGCAGCACGAGACGGAAAGAAAUUAUAAAAACAAAAACACAAAUAAUCUCAACAAGAACAGAUCAAACUAAACAUAAAGAAGACUGAAUGUUUAAUUAACACAUCAGCAACCUCCUCUAUAAAAUGACACUUUUAGGAUCUUUACCUGAGCUUGUGUGGCUUCGUUGAUAAUAGUCAGUAUCUUACCUGCAGCAGACAGCAGUUAUCGUGAUCAUUUCAUAAAACGUUAAAUUAGAGGAACGCCCAUUAAAGAGCUCAUUUCCAACGUUACACAAAACCAAAUGUUUUAAAGUGCUUGAGAGAAUGAUUCACGUUUUUUUAACCUUCGCACUUUUGUUUAUUUCAUAAACAUUUACUCAGCUGUAAUAACCCUGAGCCAUGACUCGGUUUUACAGGAUGAUAAUCUCACUCUUCACAACCUAAAAGAGAGAUUAGAACUUUACCCAAUCGCAGAAAAUUACAACAGCAGUUCUGUUGCUGCUACGCCUUUUUUAUUGAGCAAAUAAAGUUUCUUGUUAAGUUUUGUUAAACAGAGCUCUUCAUUUAACUGGUUCAACUAUUUAAUUAUACAGUUUUAGUUUUUUCUGAAACAAAUCUAAAAGAUUUUGUUCAUCUUUAUGUUCCUGGGAGAAAAGUUUUGAGGAGAUUAUUUGUCUGAAGUAAACAUUUUGAGAAAGUUUA